AUAUCAUAAACCUUCAUCAAAACCUUUUACCGAGUUCCUCGAGUGUGUCAGUGUGGGAGGUGACAGCGGACGGCCAGGGCGCUAACAUGACGCUGACGCAGCUCCCCCACGUGGUCGACCAGGCUCGGCGGCUGCGGCAGGUGUCGUGGUGCGUGACGGUGGUGGUGGUGAGCGACGACCUCGCCUUCCUCGCCGCCUUCGCCCAGUGGUCCCUCAACGGCCGCUUGGUGGGUCCAGCAACCAGGCUCCUCGCUGUCACCAACGCUUCCUUGGUCAAUAAUCCGGACCUCAGCAGGACCUACUCCAAGAUGAAUGCUGUGAUGAUCGCUGUAAUAAAUUCAAAGAAAUCUCAAUGGUGUGGAGUGUACCUUCACCUUCCGUACAGUCCCCGGGGCGCCCAGGCGCUGAAGGUGGCCUCCUGGACACCCCACCAAGGCCUCGCUCUCACCUCCAGCCUGCCACUCUUCCCUGACAAGUUCUCAAAGUUUGUGCCGUAG